AUGAUUGAGCACCUAAAAAUAAAAAAGGAUCUACCGGGACCAAGCUUAAAAAGCUGCUGCUACUUAGAUUACCCUGAUUAUGAUGAAAGUAUAGAGAGAGAAAUUGAUAUACAGCUACACCUCUGUAUAAGAGAUUUAUAUAAUUAUGUACAUAAUUCAAGAGUAGUUCAUAUAAAAUCUAAAAUAAGUUCACAAAUAUUUUUGAGAUGUAUAGGUGAUUUAACAAGUAUUGUAUCGGUGGCUUUGGAAACUCAAUCUGAUGAAAAUUUAGAUGUUAGUAUACAGAAACAGGCAAUUUCAAGAUUACAGGAUCAGCUGACUGCACUAUGUUCUAUACGGAGAACAGCUGAAGAAAAUACAGAUCUUAUGAAACUUAUUUCUAGAACGGAGAAUGCAAUAUCAGCUAAGUUGUAUUGUUUUGGACGUUUAAUAGAGGAAGGGGAUGAGAAGAUUUCUAUAAAUGAUAACUUUAACAAUCAAUAUUGUUUAACUCCUCUGCGUAUCAAAUAUCCUUAUGUUACAGGAACAUAUACUCCAAUUUUACAAUUUCCAUCGAGUUCUAUCCAGUCUUCAAAACCAAAUAAACCAAUUUCUACAUUGAGAAUGUUAAACCAAUCAAAUUAUAGGGUUAAUGAUACAAUCCCAAAUCUAGGAUCUGAAAAAUUUAGUGGAAUUUCACUUGCGAUGCUCUUGGCAAGAGCAAGAUAUACCCAUGAAACGCUUUCACAGCUUAAAAAUAGUUAUAAUAAGGAAAAAAGUAGUAAGGAAAUAUUUUAUAGAUUUAAUAAUAAUGAGGAUAAAGAGACAAAUUUAAGAAGUAAUAAUGAAAUAGACAAUUCCAUAUCUAUAAAACACCAGUAUAAUCAUAUUCAUAAUACGAAACAUAACAAGAAUAAAAAUAAGAAAGAGGAUUCUUGUGUAAACCAAAAUAUAUAUGGUGGUGCUGCAAGGCUUAUAGUUAAUAAAUCUUGGAAAACCUCUAAGAAUGCAAAAGGAUUUGUAGUAGAUGGUUGGGGAAUUAUAGAACCUAAUGUAGAACAAGUUAUACAACUUGAAGAUAGUAUAUAUGAUGUGAAUCUAAUAAAAAAUGAAAUAUCACAAUUAACCCCAAAGUCUAAUAAAAUAAAAUCGAAUUUGAUACAAUCAGUACAUAAUAAGAUGUGUAAACCAAAUGAUGGUAAUCAGAAAAUAAAUACUCCUAAUAUAAAAGUGGGAGACAAUGUGGCUAUAUUACGUGGUAUAUUCGAAAAAGAUGUAUUAUAUACUAAUACUAAGUCAAAUAAUAAUUUGAAUAAAGAAAGAUUGAAUUUACUUGAAAAUAAAAACACAGAAACAGGAUCUAGGCCAGUUUCUAGUAUAUCAUAUAUGCCAUCUCAAUUCUGUCGUCAAAGACAGGUUCAUCGUGAUGCAGCUUUAUGUACUAGUGGCUGGAAUACUGGAAGAGGAGUUGCAAUAAAUUUUGAUACUACUGAUUCUAAUGCUGAAAAAUUGAAAGAAAAAUCUUCAGGAGCUGAAUAUGAUCCCGUUGCUGAAUAUGCUCGUUUUUCAAAUACAGUAGGAAAGGUUAUACAUCCAAUUGUUGCAGAUGAAUCAUAUAGAAAUGAUAGCCGUCGACUAAGGAAUCCUCAAAAACUAUUUAAUGCAAAAUCUGGGACUCUCUCUGAGGAUGUAUUUCGUGAGAUACAAGAAAAACUUAGAUUAAAAAUGGAGGGAUGGACCGUCCAAGGUUCUGGGUUACAGGAUCCAAGAGCUUAUUUAUUUUGGGAUCCAGCUGUUAUGACUGCAGCUUCUACGUCAGGGACUAAUUUAAAUGGUUCUGUAAUCUCUCAUUCAAAUACGAGUGGGAAAAAAUCACUACCUACAUCUCCCAAAAAUAUUGGAACCGCAAUUCCUGACAAGCAAGUUGAGGACAUUAUCUUUUCAGUAGGUACAGACCACCCUAGUAUAAAAGUGGCAAGCAUGCGGAGCCUAAACAGGAGAAGAAAUAUACAAUGUUAG